AUGCUUUUCAGUCUUCGUCUGCUGCCCAUUGUGGCUGUGUCUGUCUCUGCAGUGGUGAUCCCCAGCCCACCCGGAGAAUACGAUGUGUUUUACCACACGGCGAAAAUGGCCGAAAAAGCCAGAGCCGAUCCCUUUGAUCCCAAGCACGGACCGCGUGCAGUGAUGACUUCGGUAUUCGCUCCCACCCACUGCAAAGUCGAUCUCAAGAAGAUAGACUAUCUUCCCCCCGCAACAGCCGAAUACUACUCCCACCUCUACGGCGCAUACGGACUCCCCAAUGGUUCACUUCAAUCCAUAUCUUUCCAGGCGUGCCCAGAGCCGCCAAAAGGGCAUCACCUCCAGUUUCCCGUCGUGAUCUUCUCGCCUGGUCUCGGCACGACCCGGCUGUUCUACAAUGCUAUUGCACAGGCUGUGGCCAGCGCCGGGUACAUCGUGGUGUCUAUUGACCAUCCCUAUGAUACCGAGUUCCUAGAAUUUCCGGACGGAAGCGUCGUGACUGCCGCAAACAUCAGUGACGCGCAGGUUCCACUGGACGUCGCGACUCGGGCAGGAGAUGUGUCGUUCGUGCUGGAUCAACUGAGCACAAAGGCCGGCGUAGCAGCUCUACUCCCUGGAACCGGGGCUGCUGGUCUGAAAACCCGGCGAGUCGCGGCGUACGGUCACUCGGUCGGGGGUGCAGCCAUCGCCGAAGCCAUGCAUUUGGACCGCCGGAUUGUUGUCGGGGCGAACCUGGACGGGUCAAUGUUUGGACCAGUUGUUCAACAUGGGCUUCGGGGUCCAUUCCUCCUGUUCGGACAUGAGAAUAAAACCCAGACGACAGACCCGACAUGGGCAGACUUUUGGUCAAAUCUACGCGGGUGGAGAUUAGAAUUGGAACUAGCUAAGGCUCAACAUUAUACCUUCUCCGACUUGCCGUUCCUAUUGAAGCUUCUAGGUUUGCCUGUUCAGAAGGUCCUGGCCAUUCAAACGAUGGUUGGAACUUUGGAUGGGCUCAAGGCAUUUGAAAUUGUUCACCGAACCGUCGUUGCCUUUUUGGGCUUUGGGCUUCCCCAAGCACCGCCGAGUUCGCUUCAAGAGGUCAUUUCCCAGUACUCGGAGAUAUCGGUCUUUGCGCGCGGUAAAUGA